CAGUCAAACUUUCAGUAGCAGAACAACGACUAAAGGGAACUGAUCGGGAGCAGCGCUUUAAGAGUUCUCUCGCAAACCUACUAAAGGAAUAUCCUCAUCUCAAGUUUACAUUCUCACUUAGUAGAGUUUCUCCGGAUCUUCCUGCUUGCUUUUUUUUUUUUUUGGUUAAAAGGAGCAAUGAUGUUCAAUUUCAACACGGAGUGCGACUCUUCCUCCCGCUGCAGCACCGCUUCCCCGUCCGUGGACACUCUGGGAUAUUACCCGUCACCAGCGGGAUCUUACUCCAGCAUGGGAUCGCCCCAGUCUCAGGAUUUCACAGACCUGACAGCAUCAAGUGCCUCCUUCAUCCCCACAGUCACAGCCAUUUCCACGAGCCCAGAUCUGCAGUGGAUGGUCCAGCCUGUGGUCUCCUCAGUGGCCCCUUCUCACAGAGCUCACCCUUACACCUCUAGCCCCAGCCCUGCCUACUCAAGGCAAGCCAUGAAGUCUGCAACAUCCAGGGCUCACAGCAAGAGAGGCAAAGUGGAACAGAUAUCACCUGAGGAGGAAGAGAAAAGAAGGAUUCGCAGAGAGAGAAAUAAGCAGGCGGCAGCAAAAUGCCGCAACAGGAGGCGAGAGCUUACAGACACUCUGCAAGCUGAAACCGAUCAGCUAGAAGAUGAGAAGUCCAGCCUGCAGAAUGAUAUUGCCAACCUGCUGAAGGAGAAGGAAAGGCUUGAGUUCAUUCUGGCUGCCCACCAGCCCAUCUGCAAAAUCCCCUCAGAGCUGGACACGGACUUCCCCUUGCCUUCACUCUCUCCUGCCAACUCCUGCCACUCCACUGCAGUGUCCACCCAGCCACAGACCACCAUCUCAGAGACACCCGCUAUCGCUUCCAGCCAGCUGACCUUCACCUCAACCUCCAACUCCACCUCCAACUCCAUCUUCUCCAACGCUACCUCCGCCUUCUCCACCACCACUGUUUCCAGCAGCACUUUCAAGAUGUCAGACCUGGAGGCCUCAGUCCUGGAGGAGUCUCUGGAUCUGCUGGCAAAGACGGAGAUGGAGACGGCGCGGUCAGUGCCAGACCUGUCCAACUACCCAGGUCAGGACUGGGAGCCCCUCCAGACCUCCGCUAAUACCAUUGACAUUGAGCCCCUGUGCACACCUGUAGUGACCUGCACCCCAGCCUGCACUACCUACACGUCUUCAUUUGUAUUCACCUUCCCAGAGGCGGAGACCUUCCCCACCUGCGGCAUCGCCCACAGAAGAGGAAGCAGCAGCAACGAGCAGUCCUCCGACUCCCUCAGCUCACCAACCCUGCUGGCUCUCUAAAAGACUCUUCCAGAGACUAUGAUUCUUCCUAAAAAGCACACUUUCUUACAUAGAUGUGCCGAUCACAGGGCUAUGGAAUGGACUUAUUAUUAAAUUAUUUAUGAUUUUAUUUGCCUUUAUCUAUACUUGCCUAUAACAACAAUGUAGCAAGUUUAAAAAAACAAAAACAAAACAAAAAACCCUGCAUGUUUCAACUAAUACCACCUAGUUAUUAAAUAAGUUCAUAUAUGAUUUAUUUGGUGCUAGAUAACAUAACUUGUCAUAUAUUGAUGUGUGUUCAGAGCAAUAGUUGUUAAUGAUCCAGUUUCUUUUCUGGUUAAUGGAAUGUGAGAUUAAUGUGAACUGUUUGUGAAACUUAAAACAACAAAAAAAAAAGAAGUGCUUUGUCUUAACCAUGGUCUGAGUGGUCUAUCUGAAGUUUUCUGUGAAAACAUUAGUGCUUUUAAUUUAUUAAAUUUAUUUUUUUACAGAAUGAGAGAGUAGAAAAGACAAAUGUUUGCAAGAUAUGUAAAUAAAAGAGAGUGACAUUUAAAUUCAAUCA